UUUGUCCAGCCUCUCCUCUCGGCUCAAAUAAAUACCACGUUGUUCGAUUAGUUCCGUCCUGACCCUUUGAAAUUGCGGCCUAAGUGAGGAGAAGCAACUUCAUCUAUUCUUAUUAUACAGCGCUACUCACCUUCAGAUCAAACAAGAUGACUCACCAGUAUCCAUCUCUCUCUCCGAAGCAGAAGCAGGAGCUUGCCACAAUUGCCCAGCGCAUUGUAGCUCCUGGAAAAGGCAUCCUGGCUGCAGAUGAAUCCACAGGGACAAUGGAAAAGCGUUUUCAGAAGAUCAAUGUGGAGAACAUUGAAGAAAACCGCCGAAGCUUUCGUGACCUUCUCUUCUCGGUCGAUGCUUCCAUCUCUCAAAGUGUGGGGGGUGUCAUCUUUUUCCAUGAAACACUGUACCAGAAAUCAGACAAGGGGGUUCUGUUUCCUAAAGUCAUCAAGGAUAUGGGCAUUGUAGUUGGUAUCAAGGUUGACAAAGGCACAGCAGGACUGAAUGGAACGGAUGGAGAGACAACAACACAGGGAUUGGAUGGUCUGUCUGAACGCUGUGCCCAGUACAAGAAGGAUGGAUGUGAUUUUGCCAAGUGGCGUUGUGUACUUAAGAUCUCCGACAGCAGCCCCUCUGUUCUUGCAAUUGCUGAAAAUGCAAAUGUUCUUGCCAGAUAUGCCAGCAUUUGCCAACAGAAUGGCCUGGUGCCUAUUGUAGAGCCUGAGAUCCUCCCAGAUGGAGAUCAUGAUCUGCAACGGUGCCAGUAUGUUUCUGAGAAGGUCCUGGCGGCUGUAUACAAGGCUCUCUCUGACCACCAUGUGUAUCUGGAGGGCACUCUGCUCAAACCAAACAUGGUCACUGCUGGACACUCCUGCACCAAGAAGUACACCCCACAGGAGGUUGCCAUGGCAACAGUUACUGCUCUUAGACGCACUGUGCCAGCUGCUGUACCAGGCAUAUGCUUCCUCUCUGGUGGCCAGAGUGAAGAAGAAGCCUCUCUGAAUUUGAACGCCAUUAACCAGGCUCCCUUGCACAAACCCUGGAAGCUGACCUUCUCUUAUGGUCGUGCUCUCCAGGCCUCAGCUCUUGCUGCGUGGAAGGGACAGGCAGCGAACAAGAAGGCUGCACAGGAUGCCUUUGUCACACGUGCCAAGAUCAAUGGUCUGGCUUCAAAAGGUGAAUACAAACCCUCAGGCCAGGCUGAUAAAGCAUCCACACAGUCCCUCUUUACCGCAAGCUAUGUCUACUAAACAAAACAGCCCAUCAUAUAGCUGAAUUGCAUGCAAAGAUACCAACUAUACUGAAGAGGACCUAACACUACGUUGAAGUGUACACUUGUGUAAUAUCCAAAUGAAAAAUGUACAUUCAUUUUCUACUUUAAUGUGACCAAACAUGUCAAUCAUCGUAUCUCAGCCGGAUUUAACUAACACCAGUGUGGAAUGAGCCUUUAUUCAUGGGAUGAUGGCUUUCAUUUUGGAAUAAAUUAUAAAAUGUCCUCUUUA